CUCUCUCUCUCUCUCUCUCUCUCUCUCUCUUGAUUUCUGAGAGUGCAGAGCCCCCUGUUAAAAAACCUGUAAAUCUUUCGGAAAACGUCCUUAUUUUCCUCAAACUCCAAAGCUCUCUCUCGAGCUUUAUCUCUCUUCACAGUUUUUUUUUUACUGGGUUUACGCCUCGGUAUGCGCAAUAGUCACUGCGUGUAAUAAUGGAAAUCCAAUAUCAAGAGGAAUACGUAGAGAACUCGAGAGGCGUUAAGCUCUUUACUUGCAGAUGGCUUCCUCUCUCUUCACCAAGAGCUCUGGUCUUCUUUUGCCAUGGGUACGGCAUGGAGUGCAGUGUUUUCAUGAGAGGGAGUGGGAUAAGGUUGGCUGAGGCUGGGUAUGGAGUGUAUGGGAUGGAUUAUGAGGGGCAUGGGCAAUCUCGGGGCAGACGCUGUUACAUCAAAAGCUUCUCGAACUUAGUCAAUGACUGUGACAACUUCUUCAAGUCCAUUUCUGGUGAUGAAAAAUACAGGGGCAAAGCAAGGUUUUUAUAUGGGGAGUCAAUGGGAGGGGCUGUUGCUCUGCUCCUCCACAAAAAAGACCCAUCUUUCUGGAAUGGUGCAGUGCUUCUUGCACCCAUGUGCAAGAUAUCUGAAAAGGUAAAACCUCACCCAAUUGUGGUUAACAUACUCACAAAAGUGGAAGACAUCAUACCCAAGUGGAAAAUUGUCCCAACCAAAGAUGUUAUAGACUCUGCCUUCAAAGAUCCUGUCAAAAGAGAAGAGGUCAGAAACAACAAGCUCAUAUACCAAGACAAGCCCAGAUUGAAAACAGCUCUUGAAAUGCUAAGAACCAGCAUGGAUCUGGAGGACAGAUUGCAAGAGGUGACAAUGCCCUUCUUAGUGUUACAUGGCGAAGCCGACACCGUAACCGACCCCAGUGUGAGCCAAGCACUAUUUGACAAUGCGAUGAGCUUGGACAAAACCAUGAAGCUGUAUCCUGGCAUGUGGCAUGCUCUAACCACUGGGGAACCUGAUUCUAAUGCGGAGAUCGUCUUUAAAGAUAUCAUUUUAUGGUUAGACGACCGUAGCAUAUCGUCAAAUGAAGCCCCACAUAAUCCUCAUCAGAGCCAUCGUCAUCAAAGUAAGUAUAUUAUUCAAUCCCAACCCUGCGUAUCACAUGGUGUCGGAACAAUGCGCCGCUCUUCCAUGUGAUACGACUUAUAUCUGGGGUUUGAUCCUUGGAGGGAUUAAGAGACCAUUGAGGCUCAGAGGGAAGUGUUGUCCCUACUAGACUCGACUCAAGGAUUAUGGUGUCUACAUUGAUAAAAGUAAUAAAGUGUAUUGAAUGUUGUCUUGGUUUUCUGGAUUAUUAUUGCUUUGGUAAUUCAGUGGGGGAAGACAUCCUCUAACUUUUUUU